CAAUCAACAUUAUUUGCUGGUACUUCCUCUAUUAAAAUUAUUAAUACAAAUCCUUUGGGUAUUCUUUCAUCAUCCUCUCCUCCCAAUCCCAACAAAACCUUCACAACCAUUACAUUUAUUAAUUCACUAUCUUGGCAAACAUCAUAUUUAUUAAAUUUAUUUUUUAAAAUGUUUAAAACUUCCGGUAUCCGACUAAUAAGACUGCGGCCAUUUAUUUUGCUAAUUUUUUUGGCAUGUAGUGUUUGUUUAUCUUCUGCAUGCUCUGUUUGCGAACAAAAAGCCUUUGAAGAGUACAAAAGAUUACGUCAAGAACAGGUAAAUAAUUAUUUAUUUUUAAAAAGAUUCUAG